ACUCACAAAGUUCUGUGUGUUAAUGGAGAUUCCUAUUAACAUCACAGAAUGACAGGGAUGGGAUGCACAGAUCCAGAGAACUUGGAACCCUUGCUCCGGCUCAUUCCAUGCUCACCUCUCCUUUUGCUCUCAUCUCCCUCACCUGAUUCAGGUCUUGGCCACUCUGCUGAACUGGCCUUUGCUGUGGAGCCAAGCGAUGAUGUUGCAGUCCCUGGGCAGCCCAUGGUACUGGGCUGCAGGGUGGAGGGGACCCCUCCAGUGCGAAUCACCUGGCGGAAGAAUGGGAUGGAGCUGCCAGAGAGUACCCACUCUACCGUGCUGGCCAAUGGGUCCUUGAUGAUCCGCCACUUCCUGCUGGAUCAAGGAGGCAGCCCUUCAGAUGAGGGUGACUAUGAGUGUGUGGCUCAGAACCGCUUUGGGCUGGUGGUUAGCCGGAAGGCUCGAAUCCAGGCAGCAACUAUGUCAGACUUCCACGUGCAUCCCCAGGCCACGGUGGGUGAGGAGGGCGGCGUGGCCCGCUUCCAGUGCCAAAUCCAUGGGCUUCCCAAACCCCUGAUCACCUGGCAGAAGAACAGAGUCCCCAUUGACACAGACAAUGAGAGGUACACACUGCUGCCCAAGGGCGUCUUGCAGAUCACAGGCCUACAGGCUGAGGACAGCGGCAUCUUCCACUGUGUGGCCUCAAACAUCGCCAGUGUCCGGGUCAGCCACGGGGCCAGGCUCACUGUGUCAGGCUCAGGCUCUGGGGCCUACAAGGAGCCUACGAUCCUCGUGGGGCCUGAGAACCUCACCCUGACUGUGCACCAGACAGCCGUGCUCGAGUGUGUCGCCACGGGCAACCCUCGCCCCAUUGUGUCCUGGAGCCGCCUGGAUGGCCGUCCCAUUGGGGUGGAGGGCAUCCAGGUGCUGGGCACGGGGAACCUCAUCAUCUCAGAUGUGUCGGUCCAGCACUCAGGUGUCUACGUCUGUGCAGCCAACAGGCCCGGCACCCGGGUGAGGAGGACAGCACAGGGGCGGCUGGUGGUGCAAGCACCAGCAGAGUUUGUCCAGCACCCCCAGUCCAUCUCCAGGCCAGCUGGGACCACAGCCAUGUUCACCUGCCAAGCCCAGGGUGAGCCACCCCCUCACGUCACAUGGUUGAAGAAUGGGCAGGUGCUGGGCCCCGGAGGCCACGUCAGGCUCAAGAAUAAUAACAGCACCCUGACCAUUUCUGGAAUCGGCCCUGAAGAUGAGGCCAUCUACCAGUGCGUGGCUGAGAACAGCGCUGGCUCCUCUCAGGCCAGUGCCAGGCUGACCGUGCUGUGGGCCGAGGGGCUGCCUGGGCCCCCCCUCAAUGUGCAAGCGGUCUCCGUGUCAUCCACUGAGGUCCGAGUGUCAUGGACCGAGCCCGUGGUCAACACCAAGGAGAUCAUCGGCUAUGUCCUGCACAUCAGGAAGGCUGCCGGUGGGUCGGGCCCGGGAGGGCAAGGCUGCUCUGCAGCUCCUUCCUCCUACUGUGUCUCAGCCUCCUCAAUCCUGCACAUCCUGACCGGACACCUUCCCUCCCUUCUCCCGGCUGCACCUUGGCUGCCCUCAUUUCACCAGUGUGGCCAGGAGUCCCUCACGCUCCUUCAUGUCCCUGCCCUGCCCUUGGCCUCCCCAGAUCCACCAGAGCUGGAGUAUCAGGAAGCAGUCAGCAAGAGCACCUUUCAGCACCUGGUGAGCGACCUGGAGCCCUCUACUGCGUACAGCUUCUACAUCAAGGCCUACACACCCCGGGGGGCUAGCUCAGCCUCUGCCCCCACGCUGGCCAGCACUCUAGGUGAAGCCCCUGCCCCACCCCCACUGUCGGUGCGGGUCCUGGGCAGCUCCACCCUGCAGCUGCUGUGGGAGCCCUGGCCCCGGCUGGCCCAGCACGAGGGCGGCUUCAAGCUGUUUUACCGCCCAGCAAGCAAGACCUCCUUCACUGGCCCCAUCCUGCUGCCAGGGACUGUCUCCUCCUACAACCUCAGCCAGCUCGACCCCACUGCAGUGUACGAGGUGAAGCUGCUCGCCUACAACCAGCACGGGGAAGGCAAUGCCACAGUCCGCUUCGUGUCUUUGAGGGGAGCAUCUGAGAGGACAGCCCUGAGCCCACCGUGUGACUGCCGGAAGGAAGAAGCCACCAACCAGACGUCCACCACAGGCAUCGUCAUCGGCAUCCACAUUGGGGUCACCUGUAUCAUCUUCUGUGUCCUCUUCCUCUUAUUCGGCCAAAGGGGCAGGGUCCUCUUAUGUAAGGAUGUGGAAAACCAGCUCUCCCCUCCUCAGGGCCCCAGGAGCCAGAGGGACCCUGGCGUUCUGGGACUGAAUGGGGCGGGAUGGGGAGAAUUGGGUCCGCUGGGCCGAGAUGAGAAACGUGUGGACGUGAAGGAACUGGAGCAGCUGUUCCCCCGAGCAGGGGCCGUGGGGCAGCCGCACCCCAGGCCUCACCCCAGACCCACGGAUCCCGAGGCCCCUGCCCUGUGCGAGGAGACCCAGCUCUCCGUGCUGUCCCUUCAGAGGUGUGGUGUCCUGGAGGAGAUGGCAUCGGAGGCCAAGGCCCCCUGCGUGGGCCCCCCUGCUGCCCUGCCACCCCAGGACAGAGACCCUGGCCUCCUGAGUGAAGGACCAGCCACCCAGCCAGCUCACUCGGGCCAGUAGCCAGUGUCCGGCCCUUGAAGGAGCAACCACCCCAUUCUCAGGUCAAAGGCAAGAUUUCUCCUGUCAUGUGGGAUUUGGAUGGGGGCUUCCCAGCAUUUCUGUCCUGCCUGUUCCUCAGAUUGUCAAGAUAUACAGUUGCCUUGGCAGGGAACCCCUCCAAGGACCCAGAGGGGAUCCUGCGGGAGCACCCCCCCCACCAGGCGAAGCCCCCCUCCCCUGCCGCCACCUCUGCUGGAACCCACAUGACAUGGAACUGAACUAAUAUUUUCCUUUAAAAAAAUAACACACUUAAAAGUCAAAAAAAAAAAAAAAAAAAAAAGAAGAAGAAGAAAGAGGAAGGUGAAGUGAAUUAGACUCCAAAAAUAUGCCCCUGCUGUGGGCCUCUGACACUGUCACCCUCCAUGCCCUUGUUUUCUCAGGAUAGAUGUUUGCUGUUUUGGCUCUCAGCACCUACCUCAGCCGGAAUGAAUGUCCUUGGGGGAGUGGGGUUGUGGCCUCAGCCCCCUGCCCCACAGAGCCCUGAAUGCACUCCUACCUCAAGCCCCUUGAGGGGCAUCCCCUCCACCCACCCACCCCCACAUUGUUAUCCAGAGUUUUUUUAAAAAAGGGAAAAAAAAAAAAAAAAAGCACUUCCCCAUUUCCAGGUGUGAAAGAAAAUGUCUACCUCGAGGCUUGCUGGCUCUCGGGCCUGUGCUGUGUCCCUGGACCCUGCCUCCUAGGGCUCCUCACCAAGGGUGGGCCUCUCGGGGCCUGCCGAAAUAAAGAUGGAAUUGGUCAAAGAACGUUUUUUGAAAAAGCCAAAAAUAAGAGGAAAAUUCAUUUCUGGGAGUAUAAAUUGUUACUCGAACUAGCCACCUCCCAGCAUGCUGCCGGCGCCCCGUCUCGUCUGUCUGUCCACUCCCAUGGGGACUCUGUGUCAGCCAGCUCUUCCUUGACGGGGACCCCCAGGACCCUCUAUGCCCCUGGGCCCGGAGAGGGUGAGACGGUCACCCCGCAGCCUGCCUCCUGUCCCACCCAGACACAGAGCCGCGGGGGCAGGCUGGCCCUUGGAAUGUACUGUGUGUGCCGGGUGUGCGUGUGCAAGGGCAGGUCCCCAGCCCUCUGUCCUAUGGGACACCGCCAGCCUGACCCACUCCCUGGACCGUGGAACAACCACUGUCAGCAGAUGUGGCCGGAAGCUAUUUUUCUACAAGGUGUGUUUAAGGAUUUAUGUUUUUGUGACUUCUUGUUUUUUUCUUUUCUAUUGUGUUGUUCUUUGAAAGGCUUAGUUAAAAGAUGGAAAACAAACAAAAAAAAAACAAAAACAAAAAAAACAAGGAAACAAAUACCUAUUUUUGGUUAUGCUCAUAAACAUUUUUUUAAAUAGCAGAAAGAAAACUUUUUUUUAAAGAAAAAAAAAAGUGUAUUCCUUAAGUAUGAGAUUAGACCAUAACAUUCCCUGACCCCCAACCCUCUAGGGACCCCACCCCAAACUUUAGUUCAUUAGCUGAAGAAAGUAGCCUCGGUGUUAUUAGAAGACUGCAGUCUUGUCCAUGUGGACUCAGGGAAGGGCAUUGUCCCUUCUCCCUAAUGCUGAGCCCAAGCCCAGGGUGCCACAAACCUCCCAGGCAGUGCCCCUCAGUCCCACAGUGACUUCUCUGCACCCCCUUCAUCCUGGAACCCCCUCUCCCAUGGGAAGGGUGGGUCUGGAGGAGAGGGGGGGCCACCUGGCCUGUCUUGGGUUUUGUCACACUCAUUUUGACUGAAUAAAAGUCCUGUUGCCAAAGUGAA